UGAGUAACUAAACUAAAGGAUAAAUAUAAACAAGAUGGAUAAAUCUCAGAUAUUUUUAAACUUGACAUUACAUGAAGACGACAUAACCCACCCCUGGAUCACAAGUAUAAGGUUUAGAUGUGAGAACGAGUGUUCUGUAGUCCUCGAAAGUAAAUAUCUGAUUCAAAACCAGAACAAGAACCAGCAUCAGAACCAGAACCAGAACCUGAACCAGAACCAGCACCAGAACCAGAACCAGAACCAGAACCAGCACCAGAACCAGAAUCAGAACAUACAGAUGAACCUGAAGCAUGUGAUCUCUGAAAAGAGGUCAAAUAAGAAGAAAAAUAAGAGAAACGAACUGAAUGAGAAGCAAAUCAAGGAUUUGAAAGAAAGUCUUCAGACAAAAACAAUGAAAAAAGAAAGUUUUAAAACGGAAAGUCUUACAACAGAAAAGCUUAGAAUAAAAAGUUUUGGAAGAGAGAACACGGCACGGGAGUACCUUGAGAAACAAGUUGAUCUUGAGAAAGCUUUGCUAAGAAUAAAAAUACUUCAAGGUUUUCAGCUCUCCGAAAUAUUCAAUUCUGUGAGACGAAUCCAGAAUAUGCUAAAAGAGUCAGAAAAUAGUUCGCUAUACAGUGCAAGGGGCAGGGAGGACAAAUUUAUUUUGGAAAAGAAAUAUAUUUUUUUAACUUGCUUCAGGCUUAUAUAGUUUAUAGCCAAAAUUUAUUAACCCUGAUAAAAGAUUUUAAAUUCUCGAAGAAAUAUAUUCCUUUAAGCUUUUAUUAGAUUCUAUCAAAGGUAUCUAA